GUACUGCAGCCGCUGCUGCAGGUUCUGGGCCCUUUGCUCUGAGAGGGCCUCUUCCAAAAUACGGUUAAUUUGUGUACUUCCUCCUCGCCCUUCGAUCCCUCUCGGAGUGGAUUUUAUCCUCCGUCGCCCAAUUCUUUCGGACCGUACUCAAGCUUCCCAACUUCUCGGAGCGCCCUAAACCUCCGCAACAAAUCUUCUCGGAGCGUACUUAAACCUUCGCGAUCUAGACCAAAAUCGGCCGGACGAUCACUCGAACCACCCACUUGCGGCCACCCCGAUGGAAGAUCUGAGCCCCUACUAAGUUCUGUACCAUUAAGAACAAAUCAACUCUAUUUUUGUAUUGCUUAAUCCUCGCCUUCUUGAACCACGAGACUUUCUUUCAGCUACCACAUCCAGAGAACCCCAACGCGGCGAGCAUACCCCGGCCGUAGCGCCGUCACAGAUGUAUUCUAUAUUUUGAAGGCUACUUUUAGGGUCGGUGCCUCAUCCACACAUGAGUUUUGUUUGCCUUUAGCACAGCAUUGGUACACUCCACAGUGGGAUAUUUAUAGAGUCCCGGUCCCCCCGCCCCCAUCACCAUCACAAUGUACAGGCAUACAGAUGUGAGAUGUGCUCUUCUAAUGCCCGACAGCUCGGCACAGUUUUGAAGAGACUCGGCAAAUCGUGUAGCAGUGGAUGCACACCGUACCGUACUUUUACGUAUACAGGCUGUGAGUGGAACAGCAUCAGUUGUCCACUGCUCAUCGAUUGCGCCAUGUCGUCAGCGAUGAAUCCCUGCAAUGUGUGCGACCAGCCGACCAAGAGCAAGUGCUCCAACUGCAACCAGGUCUCCUACUGCAGCGUGCAGCACCAGAAGCAGGACUGGAAAGCCCACAAGUCCAGUUGCCACCCAUUCAAGAUUGCCCACAAUGAUCUGCUUGGACGACACUUGGUGGCCACGCGUACAAUAAAGCCCUACGAGAUCAUACUGAAGGAGGCGCCGCUGGUGCGAGGACCAGCACAGAUCACGCCGCCCGUCUGCAUGGGAUGCCUGAACAGCAUCGAGCCCGAGGAUCACAUCGACUGUGACCUAUGCGGAUGGCCCCUGUGUGGACCCGAGUGCAAAUCGCUCGGGGAGCACAGGGCGGAGUGUCAGCUUACCCAGGAGCGGGGUCAGAAGGUCAACGUUCACGAGUUCAACGGCUCCCAUCCGCUGUACACCUGCGUGAGCACCGUGCGCUGUCUGCUCAUCGGUGAGACAAGCCCGGAGAAGGCGAGCAAGUUCCAGGAGCUGGAGUCCCUGGAGUCGACCAGGCGUGGGUCCAACCAGUGGAAGGCAGACCUGGCCAGCAUUGGCCAGUUCAUACCCAAGUUCUUCAAGACAGAGAAGUUCAGCGAGGAGGAAGUCAUGAGAGCAGUGGGUGCCCUCCAGAUCAAUGGCCACGAAGUCCCCACCUCCGAUCCCCCGCACGUGGCCGUCUUCUACACGGCCUCCUUCACGGAGCACUCUUGCAUGCCGAAUCUGGCCAAGAGCUUCAACAAGAACGGACACUGCAUCCUGUGGGCCCCGCGCGAGAUCAAGAAAAACUCUCACUUGAGCAUCUGCUACUCAGACGCAAUGUGGGGUACUGCUGAUCGACAGCGGCAUCUCGUUCAGACGAAGCUCUUCAAGUGCGCCUGCGAUCGCUGUACCGAUGUCACGGAGCUGGGCACCAACUACAGCGCCAUAAAGUGUGAGGACCGACGGUGCGAUGGUCUGAUGCUGCCAAGCAAAACCGACGAUUGGAAUGGAAGUUGGAAGUGCCGCGAGUGCCAGAAACAGGUACAGAAGCAUUAUAUAGACCAGAUCCUGGAGCGUGCGGGCAAGGACCUGCAGAGCAUGGAGAAAACGGCCGAAAACGGUUUAAAAUACCUGAAGCACUACGAGAAGUGGCUGCCGCCGCGGCACUACCACAUGAGUGAAGUUAAGAUUCUGCUGGUCCAGCUCCUGGCCAAGGAUCAGCAGGAGCUGAUGGUAAUGCCCGACGACAAGUUGGCACUGAAGCUGCAGUUCGCCUGGGAUCUCGUCCAACUAUACGAGACCAUUGCGCCAUGUGAGGUACGCACGCUCGGCACGCUUUGUUUCGAGCUGCACUCGGCCAUUGCCGAGCAAACACGUCGCGUGUCCCUGGAGACGAGUCUGUCACCCAAGGACCGGCUGGAGGAGUCACUCCUGUACGUGGACAAAUGCGUGAACUACCUGCAGUACGAGUCGGACAUCUUUGUGGAGGGUCACAUUCUCAAACAGGCCAAGAUCAAUCGCGAUGCCUUGCGCAUGGUCAUGAGGAUCUCCUAGCUGGCCUCCCCCCAAUCCGUUGCCGGCAAUUGAAUCAGAGUACCCAUGUCGUCCAGAGAUAAUCAGCAAUUAUUCAGAAGUGCCAGCUAGCCUCUCGCAGGGGGUCUCAAGUGCAUGCCUGUUUCGAAAUCAGAAAUAAAUUAUCAUUACUGGAUUUGCUUAA